AAUGCUGCAACAAGGAGAUUUGCUGCUGCAUUGGUCCUUGUGAAUUUGAAAAUAGGACUCAAUUAUGUGCACCAUUCUAGAUGCAUAUGCUCUGAAUGCAUAGGCAUUUAGUGAAACAUUUGUCUGUAUACAGUCAGAAAAUUCAUCUUCACCUCGCAUUGUUCAGAAGGAGGUGAAAACCAUCAAAAGACACAGCCCACCAUGCCUUCUUGGGGACUAGGAGAGGAUAAGUCUUUAAGAGAGAUCAAAACAGUGACCGAUGGCCUGAAGAAGUUGUACCGGGAGAAGCUUCUGCCCUUGGAGAAGCAGUACAGCUUCUCCGACUUCCACACUCCAGGCUUAGAGGAUGCAGAUUUUGACAAUAAACCCAUGGUUCUGUUGGUGGGCCAGUAUUCCACUGGAAAAACAACUUUUAUACGAUAUCUGCUCGAACAAGGCUUCCCGGGAGGUAGAGUGGGACCUGAACCGACAACAGACACUUUCACUGCCCUCAUGUAUGGGGAUGUGGAGGGCGUCAUUCCAGGAAAUGCAUUGAUUGUCGAUGCCAAUAAACCCUUUCGCAAACUCAAUCCAUUUGGAAACAAGUUUCUUAACAGAUUUCAAUGUGUUCAACUGCCAAAUCAGGUUCUGCAGAGUAUCAGCCUCAUCGACACACCAGGAAUUUUGUCUUCAGCCAAAAAGAGACUGAGCAGAGGAUAUGAUUUCCAAGCGGUCCUUCAGUCAUUUGCGGAGCACGUUGAUCGCAUCAUACUCCUCUGUGAUGCCAACAAACUGGAUGUGUCCGACGAGUUCUCACGCACCAUUGGGGCGUUGCGGGGCAAUGAGGACAAGCUGAGGGUGGUGCUCAACAAGGCCGACCUGGUAGACACCCAGCAGCUGUUGCGGGUCUAUGGCGCCCUCAUGUGGUCGCUGGGGAAGGUGUUCCGCACUCCUGAGGUGCUGAGGGUUUACAUAGGGUCCUUCUGGUCAUCGCCGCUCAGGGUGCCCGACUACCGUCGAAUGUUUGAGAAGGAGGAGGAGAGCCUCUUCAAAGACAUCCAGGAUCUGCCUCGCAAUGCUGCUCUGCGCAAACUCAAUGAUCUGGUCAAAAGAGCUCGUUUAGUGAGGGCCCAUGUUUACAUUAUUAGCUAUCUCAAGCAAGAAAUGCCCUUGAUGUUUGGAAAAGAGGCCAAGAAGAGGGACCUGAUCUAUGACCUUCCGGACAUAUUCGCUAGGAUCCAACAGCGGCAUCAGAUCUCUCCUGGUGACUUCCCAGACUGUGCCAAGAUGCAGGAACGACUGAUGAGUCACGACUUCACCAAGUUUAAGGUGCUGAAGCCCAAACUAAUGACAGCUUUGGAUGAUUUUCUGACCACUGACAUUGCGAGACUUAUGCCUCUCUUGCGCAAGGAGGAAAUCGAAGUGGCCAGCCAACCAGGGGUGCAAGGUGGGGUGUUUCUGGGGCCACACAGAGGCCCUUUCAACAAUGGCAACCCCUUUGUGCAACUUCAGGAGAACAUAAUAGAAGGGGACAUAGCAAACUGGAUAGUUGCUAAAGAUAAGACCAAAUACGACGAGAUCUUUUACAACCUCUCCCCCACCGAUGGCAAACUGAACGGCACCAAAGUCAAGAACUGGAUGAUCAGCACCCAGCUGCCCACCUCAGUCCUGGGCCGGAUCUGGAAGCUUGCUGAUGUGGACCGCGAUGGCAUGCUGGAUGAGGAUGAAUUUGCCCUGGCGAGCUAUCUCAUUGAGGUCAAGCUGGAAGGUCAUGGCCUACCUCCAGUGCUUCCUGCUCAUUUAGUGCCCCCGGCAAAGCGCAAAAGGAAGAGCGUGAAAGAAGAAGAACCAGAGACGGUUGCACCAGUUGAGUCAGAGCAACCCACUGCUGCUGCAGAUGAUGAUGGUGGCAAUCAUGAUGAUGAACAAUAAAAAGGAGACAUGGAUAUUUUGAUUUUAUUAUGGACUUAACAUACUAUUAUCAUUGUACAUUAACAUAUUAUUAUUAUUAUUAUUAUUAUUGUACAUUAAUUCAUUUAGCAGAUGCUCUUAUCCAAAGUGACUGACAGAAUAACGCUCAAGCUACAGUGUGGAAGAGAAUUUAGGUAGGAAACACCAGUGCAUCAUUCAAUACCAUUAGAGGGUGACAGUGCAGACGUGAUAAGUAGUAUAGAGUGUGGUAGAAGGAUGAGGUAGAGGGAAGUGUGGCUGGGGAGUAGGAAGUGCAUGGUAAGUGUGUGUGCCAGGUUGUUAUAAGUGUUUAGGAAGGAGGUUUUUACCAUUCUGGUAUUACCGUCAACUAUUAUAGCCUAUUGCAUGUAGAGAAACACUGCAAGAAAAAAAGAAUCUAGUGUAAAGGUAUUGCAUGCAUUUUGGUAAGAAGACUAAACCAUUAGAAAACCAAUUUGGUUUGGUAAUAUUCACGGCAAUGAGUCUGUGAUAUGGAAUCAGAUUUAUAUGUUGAAAAUAAACUUUCCAUCUUCCUGUCAUUGGACUCUAAUGGCAAAACGUCCUUAAUUGGA